CACGGUGAUAUCCGUUUCCUAUCGGCCAUGAUUGUUUCUUUCAAUUGUCAGACUUAGCUGAUAGAUACCUCAAAAUGCAAUUGCACAUCAGAGGACAGUCUACGCACAUUCUCGAUGUCAAUGGAGAAGAAUCCAUUGGCCAGAUUAAGGAGCGCAUUCGUGCCCUUUCUGACAUUGGCAAUGAUGAAUUAACACUGUCAGUAUCUGGAGCACCUCUUGAAGACGGACUCCUUGUAUCUGAGCUAGCUUCAACAGAAUUGGACCUUACUGUACCACUGCUCGGUGGUAAAGUGCACGGUUCCCUUGCUCGUGCUGGUAAGGUAAAGGGACAAACACCAAAAGUUGAAAAGCAGCAAAAGAAGAAGAAGAAGACUGGCCGUGCCAAACGUAGGAUCCAGUACAACAGAAGAUUUGUCAAUGUUGUCCAGACCUUCGGCCGUCGCCGUGGACCCAACUCCAACUCAUAGAUAUAUGUAUUGUAAAUAACAUGCUGCAAAUAUAACAUCUGAUUUGCCCAAAA